AUGAUUGGCAUAGGCCGUAAGCUGAUCCUACUAGCCAGCUUAGCAGUUCUGCUGUUACAAGAGGUUCAUGGAGCCCCCAAAUACCAGGUCUUAAUGGAUGCCAAAAGAAAGGACAGCUUCUCUGAAGAGAACACUAAUGAACAAUUGAAUUUGGGCCCAAAGGCUAUUGAACAAUCAGAAAAAGACAGCCUUCUCACUGAGCCCAGACGGGAGCUUUUCACAGAUUGGAAUCAAGACACAGAUAUCUUGAGACGUUUUCGAAAUCCGAUUCAAUUUCCUGAGGAAGACAGAGAUUUCCUCCACCACUCAAGUUCCACAGAGGAUGUCAUUGGAGAACCCAGAAUGUUGAGGAUGCCUCAUUAUGAAGUGCUACAGGGCCCAGAAAAGGACAUGGACCAUAUCUACCAUGCUGAAGAUUAA